AGUUUCGAUGUUCUAUAUGUUUUCUAUGGCUUUAAAGCGUCUUUAGGCCGCCAUCUUGUUCCAUUCGUCAAAAAUUGUGGUUGUGAUUGUUUCCACGUAUUAAAAAUAGUUUUUACAUUUUAAGUGAAAAUGUCGGGCGCCGGCGACCAAGAUGAGGGAUUUGUUGUCAAACUGCGAGGCUUGCCAUGGUCGGCGACUACUGAAGAUAUUCUCAAGUUUUUUGAGGAUUGCGAAGUUAUGAAUGGCAAAAAUGGUAUACAUCUCACAACUUCUCGAGAAGGUAGACCCAGCGGGGAAGCUUAUGUCGAGUUUGAAACUGCUGAAGACUUAGAAGUGGCCCUUGAAAAAGAUAGAGACCACAUCGGAAGCAGAUACAUUGAAGUGUUCAAGGUCGACAAGUCUGAGUUGGAAUGGAUGGUUAAAAGAUCUGGACCAACGUUUGGUUCAAAUGAUGAUGGAUGUGUCAGAUUGAGAGGCUUACCAUUUGGCUGUUCUAAAGAAGAAAUUGCCCAGUUUUUCACAGGGUUGGAGAUAGUGCCAAACGGUAUCACCCUACUGACAGACUACUCGGGGCGGAGCUCAGGGGAGGCGUAUGUUCAGUUUGUAAACAAAGAUGUGGCAGAGAAAGCUCUGCAGAAACACCGUGAAAAAAUUGGACACAGGUACAUAGAGAUAUUUAGGAGUAGCCUAUCCGAAAUCGCCAGUGCUCUAGGGUACACUGGAAAUCGAAGGUCCGGAUCCUUCAAUGCCCGUCCCAGUCCGUAUGACAGGGGCGACAGAUACGGGAGCGGCGGCGGUGGCGGUGGAAGAUUCCAAGGACGAGGUUCUAGGAGCUUCAAAGGAGCCAACUUCUCAAACGAUUACAACAAUUACAAUAGGCCUUCCGGGGGAUGGUCCGGAGGGGGGAAUCAGAACGGCGGGGGUCGAUUCAUGGACCCUUGGAACAACAAUCCAGGGAAUGGUGGUAGCGGAGCCGGGGGAGGUGGUGGAGGCGGUGGCAUGCAUUGCGUCCACAUGAGAGGCCUGCCUUUCAAAGCCACCCAAUUAGAUAUUGCCGAUUUUUUCAAGCCUGUCUUGCCUGUUAGCAUCCGAUUGCUUCAAGACCAUUCUGGAAGGGCGUCUGGAGAGGCGGACGUUGAAUUCGCAUCUCACGACGAAGCGCUCAGGGCUAUGAGUAAGGACAAGAGCAACAUGCAGCAUCGUUACAUAGAACUAUUCCUGAAUUCCUCCAGCGGUGGUGGUGGAGGAGGCGGCGGCGGUGGUGGUGGUGGUAGUUACGGGGGAAGAAGAAGAUUGUAGAGCGGUAUCGCCCAGUUUCGAUAUCAGUUACUUAAUUCUACGAUGGGGAUGUUCCAGAUGUCAAAGAUUGAACGGGGAGUGAUUUUCAGUUUUUUAAGGACAAAUACCGAGAGUAUUUCCAAGCUCGUCAAUGUAGGAUAACAUUAUUUUUGAUUUAAUUUUUUUCCUUCUUUGAUAAGUACUGAUUCUAACGUUUCCUUAUUUCUAGUUUAUUUUUGUAUAUUUAUUUCUCGAAGAAGUAUGGUAUGUAUGAUGUAAAAAAAAUGGAUGUGGAAUGAAAAUAAAUUGAUAUUAAAUACAUAAUCAUCAGUGAUGUGAAAUGAAUGUGAUUCAUGCACCUUUUCGGAAUGUCAAAGUUUUGUUAUUCGCUUGAUACAGAACAUAUUUGAAAAUAAAGAUUUUAGAGAUA